UCGACGUGCACGGUUUUACGCUUGACGAACCACGCGUCUUUUCCUUUUUGCCAUAGGAUGAUGCAUUUAUCUGUGGGGAAUUUAUCGAUUCUCUUCAGACUACUGGUCACGGUUAUCGUGAUUGUUACGCUCAUUAAUCUGUUCCAGUCAAGAUGGACAAAUAAAACAUGCCAAUCAAUAAACCCCGUCAUCCACACCGAGGAGAAACAGUUCCCACUGGCCUUCAGCAUUUCAAUGUACACAGAUCUUGACCGGACGGUGAGACUCAUGCAAGCCAUUUAUAGAUCACACAAUUGCUACUGCAUCCACGUGGACAGGAAGAGCAGCGAAUGGACACAUACCACAAUCACUCAGCUCAUGCAGCGACGCUACGGAGACACUGUGUAUGUUGUCCCACGAGCAAGGAGUAUUAAGGUGGAGUGGGGUUGGAUGUCUACGCUCGAUGUGGAUUUACUGUGUAGUCACAUUCUACUCGAUCGGUGUCCGCGUUGGAAGUACUGGAUCAAUCUAACUGGUCAAGAGUUUCCCCUGAGAACAAACUGGGAGCUAGUUCGAGCUUUGACUAUACUCAACGGGUCGAAUUUGAUCGAUGGAAUGUACAGACGUCGAAAUAUGGAAAGGUUCCCACUGCAUCUGAAGUUCAACUUCCCGUUCACAUGGUAUAAAGGAGGUGCGCAUAUUGUCGCCCGCCGCGAAUUUGUACGCUUUGUACAUAGUGACGAACGUGCCAAACUCAUCCUCCAGGCAUUGCGUGACUUCGAACAGUCGGAGAACAAAGGCAUCGUUGCAGACGAAACAUACUUCCCCACUUUAAACCACAAUCCGGAUUCUAUUCCCGCACCAGGCGCAUUUCUGGGUGUGCAUGAAUCGGCUGUAUUUACACCACCUAUCCGAGUCAAAGUAUGGUCUGAUCAAAACAUGCCUUGCCACAGUGGCAAAUGGGUCAGGACUAUCUGCAUGCUGGGACUCCGUGAAGUAGACUGGUUGAUGGGUAGACCGGAAUUUUUCGCCAACAAAUUUAUUCCGUCAGUAGAACCAGAAGGCUAUGCCCGAUUGGAGCGAUGGAUUUCCGAGAAAAUUAAAUACGAAGCUGUAGUUGGUGACUUGCAUCCUUCCUUUAACACAACACAUUAUCUUUCUCUUGAAUUGCGAUGGAACCACUUGUAAACUGCCUUCUCCUUUCACGUUCGCACUUCUGUCCUUGUUUAGAAGAGUACGACUUUCC